AUGGGUGUGGGUGUGGCUCCUCGGGCCUCAGUUACGGAUGACAGAGGCACCGUUUCAUGCUCAUCAGAGGCCAGGCCAGAGGCGCAAAGGCAGAGCAGUUCACUCCAUCCACGCCCUGUGAGUGCGGUGCGAGCAAGAACCACUUCGAUCGGCGUGGGCGAGGGUUUCGCUGCAGCGCGUCCGAGUGCGAUCGCCGCCUUCCGUCUUCUUCCAUCCUGGAACAAGUGCGGCAGUGGGGCUUGGCACUCCACGGCUCCACUCCAAGCAAAGCAAAGGGAUUCCAAGUAUCAGUACAAUGGUGACGAGCAAAUCCUCGUGGAGCCAGGAUUGCCAAAAGGACAUAUUUCGUAUGUGCGAAACAUUAAGGAAGGACUACCUCUCUUCCUCUUCAACUAUGAUGAUCGAAGAUUGUAUGGUAUUUAUGAAGCUGCAGGGAAUGGAAAGUUCUGUCCUGAAUCAAAUGCAUGGUCACAUGAUAGCAAGGGCAAAACAAGCUAUCCUACCCAGGUUGCAAUGCGGGUAAGGGUGUGGUGUUUCCCGCUUGCUGAGAAUCAGUUCAGAAAUGCUAUUGUAGCCAAUUACUAUCAGAACACACCCGGUGUCCCUGGCCAGAAGCUCCAUUUUUUCAAGUUUGAAUUGGAUCAUGCUCAAACACGUGUUUUGAUGGAUAUGUUUACUCCUUCUCCUUCUCCCCCCAAUAAUUUCUGGAUGCCCCCUGCCGCAGCACCAGCUGAUGAGCAUGGGAGAGAAUUAGUGCUGUCACCUGGAUGGGCACUAGAGUUUGAGGGGAACAAUCUCCUCAAAUCAGAAAAGGUUGUAAAGUCAUAUGCAGACAUAGUAAAGAAGAACAAUCUUGAGGAAGUUGGGACAAGAGAUGUGGAUGCAGAACAUUCAAGCUCAGGUAAUGAAUCUUCUGGUGGUUUCGAUGAACUGGAUUGUCAACACACAUCACCAGAGAGGGAGAACUAUGCACUAUCAGAUAGGGUGGUUCCAGUGCAACAACAGCAGUACCCUAAUGAGCAGGGAAAAAUGCCGAGCUUUGAUCAGGUGUUACAAGGGCGCAUGACUUUUCCUGGUCAGCAGUGGCAAACUGGUUUUUAUGGCAACACUACUGAAACCGAAGAUAAUGAUGCAUAUAGCUGCAAGUAUGCCCAAGAGGUCAAAUGUGCAAUUCUGGAUGGGAACUCUAUUUUGCCAGAAACCUUAGAGUCUGAAGUUGAUAAGCUGUCCUUGGGGCAUUCUAAUUUGCUGGUGCAGUUAUUGGACUCUGAACCGUGCACAGAAGCCAAGCUGAUUGAUGCAGUUAAAGAGUUAUCUGGACGAAUAGAGGUCAUGGAGCAGAAGCAGGCUUGGUCCAACAAAGAAGUCAAACAUUUACAAGGGGUGAAUGAGAGGUUACUGAAAAGAAUUGUUGAACUAAAGGGAACAGUUAAGACAUUGAAUUCUAAAAUAGAUCCUUUGACCCUAGACGAUUCACUUAACCAGUUUGUAGAACAAUGUUUGGGUUCAGAAGAUGUCAUUUAUCUAGUUGGUGGUUUUGAUGGCUGCUCAUUUGUGCCAUCACUAGACUCUUUUUCCCCUUCAUUGGACGUGCUAACACCCCUCAAACCAAUGGCUGUUGGCAAGUCAUAUACCUCAACUGUUGCACUAGAGGGCAAGAUAUUUGUUCUUGGUGGUGGUGAUGGUGCUUGCUGGUUUGAUACAGUUGACUGUUAUGACCGAAGCCGUGAUGAUUGGUCCACAUGCCCAUCGUUGACUCGUGAAAAGGGGAGCCUUGCUGGGGUUAGUGUCAAUGGGAGAAUCUAUGCAUUUGGUGGUGGAGAUGGAACCGAGUGUUUCUCUGAUGUUGAGAUGUUUGAUCCUGUGCAUGGAAAGUGGAUAAAGAAUCAACCUAUGCUGGAAAAGCGCUUUGCUCUAGCUGGUGUAGCACUAAAUGGUGUGAUUUAUGCUGUUGGUGGCUUCAAUGGUGUUCAAUAUCUGAGCUCUGCUGAAAGACUUGAUCCUCGGGAGCCUAACUGGAAAAUGCUGCCAAAGAUGAGUGCAGGAAGGGGCUGUCAUACACUUACAGUGCUUGAUGAGAAGAUAUUCUCGAUUGGUGGAUACGACACCGGGGCUAAAGCAAUGGUGGCUACUGUUGAGGUGUACGAGCCAAGGAUGCCGUCAUGGAUGAUGGUUGAACCCAUGAACUACACCAGAGGAUACCAUUCUUCAGCUGUGCUUGGUGGUUCAAUAUUCACCUUUGGUGGGGUGAAAGGUGAAGCAGAUACAAUCUUGGAUGUGUUCCAGACUUUCACAAUCUACUGCAUAAUCGUUCAGAACACACUCUGA